AGUGACAUCACUCGUUUUUUGCGAUUCCACUGAGCCUUCCACUGAGUCAAGACCGAAAAAACUUUAACGUCUGGCCUUGUGAUGUUAUAGGAACGGGUUGCUCAAGCACGCAACCCAACGUAGCACUAUAUAGUAGCUGGAUCUCAUUUGGGUAUUUCAUGUGACAACUUGGUCCUCUAGAAGCUCUUCUCGCGUUCAGCAUACUCAGGUUCAAUUUUCAAUUUGGGUCCCAUAAUCUGUGGCCGUAUAAUAACUCUCCCCGUGAAAAUGGAGAGCCCGGGCUAUACUUAAGGCGGAUCAUUCUCCGUUUCUCAAACUCGAUCUCUCUCUCCUCCUUGCCCUCGCUCUCACUGGAGUCCAGUCUGAGACUCCUUAAACUAAUUCGUACCUCAAUAUGUCGUUCCCUCAAGUGAAGGGCGUUACUUACCAUGGUCCAAAACUUACACCUGCUCAGGCGGUGAUCCUCACUGAACCCGCGAUCAAGUUCGUGGCUGCCCUUCAUAGGACGUUCAAUCCUACCCGAUUGGCGCUCCUGCACGCCCGUCAAGCCUUCCAAAAGCGUCUUGACACACUCUCAUCUCCAUCCCCUUUGACUUUCACCUUCCCACCCGAAACUGCGCACAUUCGAAAUGACCCUACGUGGAUCUGUGCGCCCCCUGCCAAGGGGUUGGAAGAUAGAAGGGUUGAGAUUACUGGGGGUGUCGGAGAGAGGAAAAUGGUCGUUAAUGCGUUGAAUUGCGGAGCGAAGACGUUCAUGGCUGAUUUUGAGGAUGCCAACUCUCCGACCUUUGCGAAUUUGGUCAAUGGACAAGUGAACCUACGAGAUGCUGUUCGUCGUCAGAUCGAUUUCGAGUCGGGUGGGAAGAAAUACAAGCUUGUUGAGAAUCCGGCCGUUUUGAUUGUCAGGCCUCGCGGAUGGCAUCUGGAGGAAACUCGGAUCCGAAUCGAUAACAAACUCCUAUCUGGAUCCAUAUUCGAUUUUGCACUUUAUUUCUAUCAUAAUGCCAAAUAUCUCCUCGCUCAUGAAUCCGGACCCUACUUCUACCUCCCAAAAAUGGAGCACUACCUCGAAGCGCGCCUGUGGUCCGACAUAUUCUACUUUUCUCAAUCAUACAUUGGUAUACCUGUUGGGAGCAUUCGAGCGACGGUGUUGAUCGAGACAUUACCGGCGGCGUUCAUGAUGGAAGAGAUCUUGUGGGAAUUGAGGGUUCACUCGAGUGGGUUGAAUUGUGGAAGGUGGGAUUAUAUUUUCAGUUUCAUCAAGAGGAGAAGGGCGGAGGGUGGGAACGCUAUUUUGCCGGACAGGAAGGAUGUGACGAUGGAAGUUGGGUUCAUGGAUGCGUAUGUAAGGUUAUUGAUUAAGACGUGCCAUAAGCGAAAAGUAGCAGCGAUGGGCGGGAUGUCAGCCCAGAUACCGAUCAAGAACGACUCAGCCGCUAACGAACUCGCCAUGUCUAAAGUCCGAGCGGAUAAACUUCGAGAAGUGAGAGCUGGACAUGAUGGAACGUGGAUUGCGCACCCCUUGAUUAGGGUGAUUGCACAAGAUGUGUUCGAUGCGCAUAUGCUGGGACCAAACCAGUAUCAUGUGUUGAGGAACGAGGUUGUGGUUAGGGAGGAAGAAUUGUUGAAUGGGGAUGUGAAAGGAGGGAGGAUCACGGAGGAAGGUGUAAAGGGCAACGUUUUUGCGGCUCUGGCGUAUUGCGCUGCUUGGGUGACAGGGAAUGGAUGUAUCCCUAUCAACGGUCUUAUGGAGGAUGCGGCGACCGCCGAAAUUGCCCGCGUUCAACUCUGGCAAUGGGUUUAUCACGGUGCUCUCCUCGACACCGGCGAACCCGUUACGAAAGCGCUCGUGGAAAAGCACAUCGCUGAGUAUAUCCCCUCCGUGCUGAAGAUUGGAGGUGUGAAGCAGUACCAUGUGGAUAUCGCUGCGAGGUAUUUGUCGGGUGAAGUCGAGAAGGGGGAGAGGAAGGAGUACCCAAGUGAAUUCCUGACGAGCGAUUUGAUGAAGUAUUUGGAUGCGGAGUUUACGGGAGCGAAGUUGUGAGUACUAUGGUGGAUGGGUGGUAUAUAUGUGUGUGGUAGGAGAAGUCCUGGAGAAUGAGGCUUUUCGAUUCCUUUUUUGUUCUGACCGGUUCGUCUUCGGUCGUCCUUCAUGUUUAGCAGGAUUUCUCCCGUCUGCAUCCUUUCCCGCUUCGCCUUACGGCCCUCACCGCGUAUUCUGAUAAUGUUCGUUUCGACCCUUCUUUUUUUUUUGCCGUGGCACCCUAUAUGUUGGUUCGACGUCGCCGACCCCGUUAAGAUUUCGCGGCCCUUUUCUCUCUCCUCUACGUGUAAAUUCGCAGCGUAGUUAUGUUCUGGUACAUCUGCUUGUAUACAU